AUGUCCAAGAUUGGCGAAGGGACAUAUGGCGUCGUGUUUAAGGGACGCCAAAAGCUCACCAACAAAAUUGUCGCGCUAAAGAAGAUACGGCUGGCGUUUUCAGAGGGCAUUCCGGUAACGGCUAUGCGUGAAAUAGCUAUUCUGAAAGAAAUGAAUCACAGCAACGUCAUAGGUCUUACGGAUCUCGUUCAGAAGGACACCUCAGUGUAUAUCGUCUCAGAUUAUCUGGAUAUGGAUUUACGACGAUACAUGAAUGAAGUCGGUCGGAAAGGCAUGACACCAGAUCAUAUUAAAAGUUACAUGCAUCAGCUAUUAAUGGGGCUACAAUACUGUCACUCUCAUCGAAUCCUACAUCGAGAUUUGAAGCCACAAAACCUCUUGAUCAACCGAGAAGGGAAACUUAUUAUUGCUGAUUUGGGUCUUUCACGAGUAUUUGGCGUUCCAAUGAGGACAUACACACAUCAGGUUAUUACACUAUGGUAUCGCCCACCAGAAAUUCUUCUUGGCUCUCGCUAUUAUUCCACAGCUGUCGAUAUGUGGAGUGUGGGAUGUAUAUUCGCAGAAAUGAUGACCUUACGGCCAAUAUUUCCAGGCGAUUCCCAAAUAGACGAGCUAUUCCGCAUAUUUCAAUUACUGGGUACACCGAGCGAAGACUUAUGGGCUGGCGUAACUACAUUACCCGAUUUCAAUAUAACUUUUCCAUGUUGGAAGCGCAAAAACUUACGGGAAGAGUUCGAAAGACACCGUGCUUUUCAACUCUUGGAAUAUGAUCCUUACCUUAGAUUGUCUGCAAAAAGGGCUGCAGAGCAUCCCUAUUUUUAUACAGACAUAACCAAAGUAUUUUUAACCAUCUCCACCCGUUUAUGA